UUCUUAAUCAAAUUAGUACUUCUAUAUAAUCUCACAUUCCAUAAUUUAGCCUCUCCCAAGUCCCAAGUCCCAAGUCCCAAUUCCCAAUUCCAAAUACUUAGCUUGCUGCAUUCCAUAUACAUCCAUUGCUCUAAUAAUAAUGUCUACAUUCUCUCCAAUACUACCCAAAAACAUCAAUGAAUUUGUCCAGAAUCAAGGGCAAGGUGUAAAGGGGUUAGCUGAUAUAGACAUAAAAACAUUACCCAACCAAUAUAUCCAGCCACCAGAAAACAGGUUUAACAUGGACCAGAUCACAGCAGAUCACAGUCAGAAGAUGUCAAUCCCCAUCAUCGACAUGUCGAAUCAGGAUGAUGCAACAAUGGAAGAUUUAAUCUGUGAUGCAGCAGAGAAAUGGGGUUUCUUACAAAUAGUGAAUCAUGGUGUGGGUGUUGAGGAAUUAGAGGAUCUGAAAAGGGCAGCAUACAGGUUUUUUGAGUUGGGUGUUGAGGAGAAAGCUAAGUAUUUAGAGAAGAAUUCUGGAACAGUAAAUGUGAAGUAUGGUACUAGCUUUGCUCCUAAUUUUGAGACUGUUUUGGAAUGGAAAGAUUAUCUUAGUCUCUUGUUUGUGUCUGAGGAAGAUGCACUUACUUAUUGGCCUAUUGCUUGCAGGGAUGAAGUAUUGAACUAUGUGAAGGGUACUGAAAAUCUCCUAAGAAGACUUUUCAAGAUUCUAUUAAAGGGAUUAAACAUUCAUGAAAUUGACAAAGAAAAGGAACUUCUCUUGAUGGGUUCAAAGAGAAUCAACCUAAACUGUUACCCAAAAUGUCCAAACCCUGAGCUAACUUAUGGAGUUAGUAGUCAUUCCGAUGUAAUAACCCUAACAAUUCUCCUCCAAGACGAGGUCGGAGGGCUCUAUGUUCGAAAGUUAGAUGAUGAGAAAACUUGGAUUCAUGUACCACCUAUUAAGGGUGCACUUGUAAUCAAUAUAGGGGAUUCACUUCAAAUACUUAGCAAUGGUAAGUAUAAGAGUAUAGAGCAUUUGGUGAUUGCUAAUGGAAAUAAUAAUAGGGUUUCAAUCCCAAUCUUUGUUAUGCCAAGUUCAAAUCAUGUGAUUGCACCAUUUCAAGAGAUUAUUGAUAAGGGAGAUAAGCCUAUGUAUAAAGGAGUUCUUUACUCGAAUUAUCUUAAGCACUUUUAUGGAAAACCUCAUGACGGUAAAGCUACUAUUGAAUUUGCUACUAUUUCUAGCUAGUUUAUACUUCUUUUUGUUGUUAAAGAAAAGGGAUUGGACUAAAUGUUGUGAUGAUCAAGUUUGAAGAAAUAAAUACUCUAAAAAGUAUUUUUAUUUUGUGUUUUUUGUAAUAGAAUAAUAAAGUUUAUGAUAGCGUUGUAAUUAAGAAAUACUUUCUUCAUUUUGUUUUUAUUUUGGCUUUUUUUGUAAUUUUUUGUAUUGGUGAAAAAACGUUGGUCAAAUUCAGAGUUGGUUUUCAACAUGUGCAAGAUAAAUGAUAAGAGUACAUGUUCGGAACCAUCUCAAAGUGAGUGCUUUUGUUAGUUUGAGUUAAAAUCGGUUACUGUAAAAGCUUUCCAGCAAU